AUGUCUAGAAAGCGUUGUCACUGUAGAUUAUUGACCAAUGUUGAGAAAAGUCAGACUGAUGGAUGUUUGGCAUCUGCAAGGUUAGGAGAAGGAACUUUGGAAGGGCGAAUGUUUCAGUUUAUGUUGGUGGAUGAAGUAUGUACGCAUACAAGUAGAGUACCAAGGUACAGGUGCACUGAUUGGCUAGCUCAUAUGGCAAUGGAAAUGGCAAUUACUGGGUUAAAUUCGGUUAUUGGGUUGACAAAAGAAUUAGACGACAAUGGGCUGCUUGGAUAA